AAUCCAAUGGGAAACCCUAAACCUAGCCCCAUCUCUCUCCAAACAGAGGCAUGAAGGAAGCCCUAAACCUUGACCUUCCUUGUCAUAAAUCUCCCUACAACAAUCAUUUAAUCUUCACAAUCCUGAUUCUCUUUGGUUGUCGAUGGCGAACUCCCGGAGCUGGAGCAUCUAUGGCAACUCGGAAAUUGCACAGCGCUACGAGAUCCUGGAGAGGGUCGGCUACGGCGCUUACGCCGACGUUUACCGAGCAAAGCGCCGGGACGACGGCCUCCCUGUCGCCCUGAAGGAGGUCCAUGACUAUCAGAGCGCCUACCGUGAGAUCGAGGCACUCCAGCUCCUCCGAUCCUCGUCGCCGAACGUCGUCACUCUACAUGAGUUCUUCUGGAAUGACGACGAUGACGCUGUCCUUGUCCUUGAGUACCUCCCGACGGACCUGGCCACCGUCAUCGACGAGGCUAAGAGGAGAGUAGGUGAGGGUGGAGAGGGGAUACCUGUAGGGGAGAUCAAGCGGUGGAUGCUUCAGAUUUUCGAAGGGGUUGCGGCGUGUCACGGGAAUUUGGUUGUCCAUCGGGAUCUCAAGCCUGCGAAUCUGUUGAUUUCUGCUGACGGGAUUUUGAAAUUGGCGGAUUUCGGCCAGUCGAGGAUACUCCAGCAGCCUGGAUUUUUGCCAGGGGAUGACAACCCAAAUUGGGCUGAGGGCGAAGACACGGGAGAGCAGGCCAUGAUGCCUCAAAGGAACAUUGGCAGUGCGGAGGAGAACAGAUCGCAGGAGCAGGCUUCAGUGGGUUGGUUGAAUAACGUCCAUGACCCUGUGACUUUCUCUGAACUAAAUCAGGAAGAUAGCGAGGAUGGUCUGCAUAAAACCGACAACUUGGUCAACAUGCAAGAUACAGGAUCUUCUUUCAUCAGUUCUGUUGCUGGUGACUAUUCCAACAACCUUUUGCACAGCCCAUGCCAUGACAGUGAGAAUGACAUGGGUGACAAUGAACAAGGCCUGACUUCUUGCGUUGGAACUAGGUGGUACAGGGCUCCUGAGUUACUCUAUGGUUCAACAAAUUAUGGUCUUGAAAUUGAUUUGUGGUCCGUUGGUUGCAUAUUUUCUGAGCUUCUUGCUUUGGAACCUUUGUUCCAAGGAACAGCAGAUAUUGAUCAGCUGGCUAAGAUAAUCAAUGUAUUGGGUAACAUAAAUGAACAAACGUGGCCAGGUUGUUCAUCUCUUCCAGACUAUGGUAAAAUUUCCUUCAAGGAUAUCCAAGUUCCACUGGGUCUAAAAGCUUGCCUGCCUAACCGUUCUCAAUCUGAAGUUUCUCUAGUCGAGAGGCUCGUUCGCUGUGACCCUAUGGCAAGAGCUACUGCUUUAGAAUUAAUGGAUGAUAACUAUUUCAAUGAAGAACCAUUGGCUGUUCCAGUAAGCAAAUUGAAGGUGCCAUCUACGCGCAGCACACAGGAGAGCUCAGCAGCAGAUUGGGAUGACCAAGCCUGGAAAAAAUUGGGUGCCGACUCAGAUUUCGAGGACUUAGGUGACAUGGACUUCGUUCAGACUGAUAAAGGCUUCUCUAUCCGGUUCUCAUGAGAUUUUCCACCACUGAUAUGCUCCAUUGUCAGAACUUGUGAAUAAAUUAAUUAAAAAAAAAUACUUUAAACAAAAAUACUUUACAUGAGCCCAAGUAGUGUGGCUGUCAUGAUCUACCGAUGUUCCUUGACCGUUUGCUAGUCGCCGAACAUUGUUUACAGCUUACUUUGGCAGCAGAGAGAGCUUGCUGGAAGAGGCAUGUGAAGAUAUUGUAUUCUGCUUGUUUUUGCUUCAUAACUUUUGAAAGUGGUGUCGCAUUAAAUGAUUCCCCAGAGAGGCUGUAUUUUGCUUAAUUUAUACUCGGUUCAGAUAAUUAUGUUAUUCUGAGGUUGCUAUUUGUGCUCUU